AUGAUCUCGUCUGAAGAGAAUAUAUCAGCACAGCAAAAGAGUCAACUAGCUCCAUUCGUGGAUAGAAUACUAGCUAGUCCCCUGAAUUUUCAGCGUGCAAAGCACCCAGAUAAAGUUGCAUUGAGACCAUCUACGUAUAUUGCCUUCAAAAGCUCCAAACUCCGCAAAAAGGAGAAAUUGGGAUUCAAGCCUAUAGACGAUCUCACCUCUUCGAAGCCGUCAAAGGAAGACACGAUGCCAAGACCGAAAUCGAUGGCUGAGGCGGUAGCUCUUUACACCGGUAAAAGAUAUCUAUCGAAGAAACAGAAAAAAGAGCUCGAAGAGAAACCAAUCAAGAAACAAAAAGUGCAAGAGCCGAAGGACAAUAAGGAGCCGGUACUCUCUGACAGUGAAUACACCAAAGACGCUGCUGGAGAUGAAGAAAGUAGUGACGAGAAUUUUCAGACGGCCGACGAGAAAGAUGAUGAGGAUAAUGAUGAUGACGAUGAAGGCUCGGCAAGUUUCUCAGAUGAGUCAGAUGAGGAGGCGGAAGACAUGGAGCAGCUGAAAAGAGACUUGAAGGAAGAUAUUCACAAGGGACUUGACGAGGAAGAUGAGGAGCUGGACAGUGAUGCUCUACGUCAGAUCAAGGCCGAAAUAGAUACCAAAGACGAAGAUUUCAGUAUUCCACCCAAGGGCAAAGAAACUCCACCGACUUCUCCUGAGGAUCAGGUGGAUUUGGUCAAAGGCGAACUUGUGCAUUCCAAGUACGAUGACUCGGAAUUCUAUGAUUUUGACGAGAAUUAUAAUGAUCAGGGGUCGAAUGGUUCCGUUAGGAUCUACAAGUCCUGGAGAGAAUUCAAGAACAAGCCAGGUCCCUUGGGACUACUAAAUCAUGGCGUGACGUGCUAUAUGAAUUCCGCAGUUCAGGCCAUGUGUCAUAUCCCUGCUGUUCUGCAUUAUCUCGUCGAUGUCCACAAUCACAAGUACAAAGACUCGAUUAAUCCAACUUCUGUUACUCAAAUUUUGGCUGAUACCGUCGCCAAAAUGUACAAGUUGGAUAAUAAGGGAGAAAAGAAAGUGCGCACAAUCAAUCCUAAACGUCUCAUCAAACGGUUGGGAGACAUCAAUUGCAUGAUGUCGGAAUGGCAGCAAGAAGACUCCCAUGAGUACUUCAUGUCGCUGAUGUCUCGUCUCCAAGAGGACUCAACUCCAAAAGGCGUCAAACUGAACCAAAGCAUAAUAUAUGACAUUUUCGGAGGGCUUCUUAGCCAAUCGGUCACUUGCAAGAACUGUGGCCAUAUUUCCACAACUGCUCAGGAAUUUUACGACCUAUCGCUUGGUCUGGACAACGUCAAAAAGAGAAACAGCAGCUUGCUGGAUCCUCAACAGCUGUUUGAACUCAAGAAUAAAAUAGAAGCAGCCAAAUCUAGUGAACCCGAUGCAAAGAACAAGCUCUCCGAUUUCUUGAAGCAGAAAAUUUUGCUCGCACAAGAAGAGAGAAGAAGCCGUUCUCAAACACCAGAAGCUUCAGAUUCACAAAAUUCGAAUUCUCAGUUCUCGGAAACCAACGACAGCGAAAAGUCAAGCCAGCUUCCUGACCGUCCGCAGUCUCCGCCAUCAUAUAAGUAUUCCCUGGAGAAUUCCAUCAGGGACUUCUUCUCGCCUGAACUCCUAAAGACCGACAAAAAGGACAAGUCGGGCUACACAUGCGAGAAUUGUAAGAAGACCACUAAUGCGAUCAAAAUUUCCACCAUUGAGCGUGCCCCAGAGACAUUGACCGUCCACCUCAAACGUUUCCGUUUCAACGGUUCCUCGUCAAUGAAGGUCAAGGCAAACGUGACAUAUCCAGAAACCCUGGACCUAUCAGAAUACACAACCUCAAUGAAUUCUCCAACAAAGUACAAGUUGAGCUCGGUAAUAGUUCAUCAGGGACGCUCAGUGUCUUCUGGCCACUAUAUAGCUCAUUGCAGACAACCAGAUGGAUCUUGGGCUACAUAUGAUGACGAGUUCAUCAAUAAGAUCAAGGCCAGUGAUGCGUUGAGCGAUGAUAGCGCAUAUGUUCUCUUUUACUCCAGACUCACUCACAAGUCGAUCGGCGACAGAAAGAGAAAGUCCUCUGCUAGGAACGAAAAGUCCAAGAAAAGGUUCAAGAGCAAUGAUUCUAGAUGA